GCAUGAGAUCGAGCAACCCCACUCUUGUCUGGUGAGCGUUUCCAAAUAUUUCCCUCUUGCUUUCUCAAGCUUUACAUCAAAGCUACUUUAGUUUUCCUUUAAUAUUAGUAAGUCCUCUAUCAUUCAAUUAGUAUAAUUAUUACCCUAUCAUAUACAAGCAUUUUUCCUCUCAAUACUUGAUCCUAUCUUUUAUUUUUAUUGUUGAAAUUCACCCGUGUAUGUCCAUUGAUUGAAGAAUCAGUCUCUUGAAACUAAAAUAUUUCUUAGACAUGGCAAAUCUUACAUUGAAUCAACAUGCCAACAAUUCUGAAGAAAAUGAUUCAAACUUAGAACAAAAGCUUCAAAAUUGGUCAAUUCCAAAGAUCAGAACAAACCAAGUUUAUAAAACUUCAAUCUUUGAAUUUAACCCUGAUUAUGAGAUCAAAACAGUGGAAAAAUCUUUUGCAGUCCAAGGUCCAUACCAGAGUAUUUCCAUUUUGGAUUCACGCAUAGCGAAUCAACAUGUGAGAAAAUAUGGUUAUCUACACAUUGGAUUAGUUCAAGUAGCUGUAAAACCUCUUACCAGAUUAAGGUAUUGUGACCUCCCUAUCUUAAUCUGCUUAAGAGAUAAAAGGAUGUUGAGAUUUCACGAAUCUGUCGUAGCAGUUCUUGAAUCCAAUAUUCAGAAUGGACCAGCAUAUUUCAAUUGUUUUUCUAGCUAUCCAGUUUGUCUCAGAGAUCCUCAUGUUACAACAUGUGUAGAUUUAGAUAUAAAAAUUCCAAAUGAAAUGUUCAUUGAUGGAAUUCCACCGGUUAGUAUCAUGUACAGAUUUUGUUAUAAAGUCACUGACAACCUUUUUGGCAUAAAGGCCGUAAGAGAUUACACAGUGAAUGAAACUGAAGUAACAGAAAUCAAUGCUGAAAACUCUUCAAGAAUCACCCGGAAGAUACUCAAACAUGAUGAAAUCACAUAUCCACAAGAAUGGCUGCAAGGAUGUUCUUCACAACCUGCACCUUGAAAAUGUUCAUUGCCAUUGGUCAAAAACUAUUCAAGGAUAUCAUUAUGGCUUAAGAAUCUCUGUAUUGCAUAACUUAAAAUUGUGAGAAUUUACCGGUGGCACAACAAGUUUGGUGAGGCAUCGUAUGUUAUAGUUAGUCUUCACUUGCGAGCAUAUGCAGAUGCUGCACUUGUGACUUUUCUUUUGGUACAUUGGAAAAUAACUGCACUUGUGACUUGUGAGAAAAGAACUUUUCAAAUCAAGGUUAGACUCUGUAGAAAUCUCUUGUUUGCAUAAUGUCGGAAGUAGUCACUAAUUGUCUUUGUUUCUUAUGAUUUCUCUCUUGUAAUGAAAAAUAGUUAAUGUUGUUUCUA